AUGAAUUCGCCUAAUUACGAUGAAAAUUUACAAUCUUGGAUUAAGAAAUUUAAACUUCAAUAUGGAUUAGUUAUUGAUGAAAGAGGCGUAAAAGAAGGAGAUUUCCAAUCUUUUAAAUUUUCAACAGAAAUUAAUAAAAUUAAUCCAACUAAUUCUAUAAAAACCAAGUUGACAAUCACAAAUUCAUUAUUAAAUUCUUACCUUUUAAAAAGUGAUAUUGAUGAUAUUAAUAAUAGAAUGAUUAAGUUCUUUAAUCAAGAAGUUCCUUUUAUUGAUUUGAAAGUAAAAGAUUCAUGGAGUUUAGAACCUGAACAAAAAGUCAAACAAACCAUUCAUUAUGAGAUUAGUAGUGAACAAAUUGAGUUGAUUUUUGAAAAUUUUAUACCAUCAAAUGAAUUAAUUAAAGUUGUGCGUAAAGCUUUAGAUACAGAGAACCCUUAUCAUGAACUUGAAAUUAUAUUUAAUGAAUAUGGCCAUUUGUUAUGUAAAAAAGUUAUACUAGGUGGAAAAUUGUCAAGAUUAUGGUAUUUAAAUGAAAAUUUAUUGCCAGAAAAAACAAUUGAAAAACCAAGCAUAAAUGACAAUGAAGGACUUGAUGAAAUAAAUUCAGUAAUUGAUUGGAUAAAAACAAUGCCAAAAAAAAUGAAAAACUGGGAUGUAAUUUAUUAUGAUGACCUAAUUCCAUUAUAUAAAAUUUUUGAUGAAUCAUUACAAAAAGAAAUUGAACUUCUUUUCAAAGAUCAAAUAUUAAUGAUGAGUUCAAUUAAAAUUGAGAAAGAUAAAAAAUAUUAUAGGGUUAAUUUUAAAACUCCUUUGAAAAGUGAUAAAUAUCAAAUUUAUGGAACCAUUUUUAAUAACUAUUCGGAAAAAUGUCCUGAUAUUACCAUCAAAUUUAAAUAUUUUAAUCAAUAUGGAUUUUCAACAAUCAUUGAAGGGUCUAAUAAAAAUCAAAAUGAUGUUUUGUGUAUUCGAUGGGCAAUGGUUGGUUCUCCUAUGAAAAUAGGAUUUUAUAGCAAAGACACUAGAAAAUUAGAAAUGACAAAUAGUGGAAAGACUUCUGGAACUGAUCUAGAUGAUAUAAUUGACAUAUUUUCAUUUAACAACCACCCUAUUAUUAUUAAUAUAUUUGGUUGGUUUG